GGCGACGGGGAAAGAGCCGAGGAGCGUUUUGGGUCGCAGAACCCGAAGCUGCCAUGGCCGAGCGCCGCGCCUUUGCUCAGAAGAUCAGCAGAACGGUGGCAGCUGAAGUACGGAAACAGAUUUCAGGGCAAUAUGGAGGAUCACCACAACUUCUCAAGAAUCUUAAUAUUGGGGGCACCAUUUCCCAUCAUACAACUGUGCCUCUUACUGAGCCUGUGGAUCCAGUGGAUUUGGAAGAUUACCUUCUUACGCAUCCACUUGCAGUGGAUUCUGGCCCUAUGAGAGACUUGUUUGAAUUUCCUUCCGAUGAUACUGAAGUUAUCUACAGCCCUCGAGAAUGCAGAACAUUGGCAUCAGCUGUACCAGAGGAAAGUGAAAUGGACCCCCAUGUGAGAGACUGCGUAAGGAGUUAUACAGAAGACUGGGCUGUUGUGAAUAGAAAGAGGAACCCAUAGAAAGGCUUGGCAUUCCAGAAAUCCCCAAAGAGCACUUUGGUCAAAGGCUUCUUGUCAAGUGUUUGUCUCUAAAGUUUGAAAUUGAAAUAGAGCCCAUUUUUGCAAGUCUGGCAUUAUAUGAUGUUAAAGAAAAAAAGAAGAUUUCAGAAAACUUUUACUUUGAUUUAAAUUCUGAACAAAUGAAAAGCAUGUUGCGACCUCAUGUUCCACCUGCGGCCAUAACCACUUUGGCUCGUUCAGCCAUCUUUUCGAUUACAUACCCUUCCCAAGAUGUCUUCCUGGUAAUAAAGAACAAGGAAAAGCUAGACAAACUGAAAAGCCAAUCAGAACAAUUUUGCCAAAGACUUGGCAAAUAUCGCAUGCCUUUUGCCUGGACUGCUAUUCAUUUAAUGAAUAUAGUCAGCAGUGCUGGAAGUUUGGAAAGAGAUUCUGCAGAAGUAGAAAUUGCCACUGGAGAACGCAAAGGAUCUUGGUCUGAAAGAAGAAAUUCUAGCAUUGUUGGUAGGCGUUCUCUAGAAAGAACCACUAGUGGGGACGAGGCCUGUAACCUGACUAACUUUAGACCAGCUACCCUGACAGUGACAAACUUCUUUAAACAGGAAGGUGACCGGUUGAGUGAUGAAGAUUUAUACAAAUUCCUUGCGGAUAUGAAGAGGCCUUCUUCUGUUCUAAGACGCCUGAGACCUAUCACAGCUCAGUUGAAGAUUGAUAUUUCUCCAGCCCCAGAGAACCCACACUAUUGUCUAACUCCAGAACUGUUGCAAGUAAAACUUUACCCAGAUAGUAGAGUUCGACCAACAAGAGAGAUCUUGGACUUUCCCCCCAGAUCAGUGGUGGCGAACCUAUGGCACAGAAAUAUUCUAUAUGUUUAUCCACAAAGCCUUAACUUUGCCAAUCGCCAAGGAUCUGCUCGAAAUAUUACUGUAAAAGUGCAAUUUAUGUUUGGAGAGGAUCCAAGCAAUGCAAUGCCGGUAAUCUUUGGAAAAUCUAGCUGUGCUGAAUUUUCAAAAGAAGCUUAUACAGCUGUGGUUUACCAUAACAGAUCUCCAGAUUUCCACGAAGAAAUCAAGGUCAAGCUUCCUGCUACUCUAACGGACCAUCACCACUUACUUUUCACUUUUUACCAUGUCAGCUGCCAACAGAAACAAAACACCCCACUCGAGACUCCUGUUGGCUACACGUGGAUACCGAUGCUACAAAAUGGACGAUUAAAAACAGGCCAGUUCUGCCUGCCUGUUUCUUUGGAGAAGCCACCACAAGCUUAUUCUGUACUCUCUCCAGAGGUGCCUUUGCCUGGAAUGAAGUGGGUUGACAACCAUAAAGGAGUUUUUAAUGUAGAAAUAAUUGCUGUAUCAACCAUUCACACACAGGACCCCUAUCUUGACAAGUUCUUUGCCCUUGUUCAUGCCCUGGAUGAACAUAUGUUCCCUGUACGGAUAGGUGACAUGAGAAUUAUGGAGAACAACUUGGAAAAUGAAUUAAAGAGCAGCAUUUCAGCUUUGAACUCAUCUCAGCUGGAGCCUGUGGUGCGGUUUCUCCAUCUUCUGCUUGACAAAUUAAUCCUUUUGGUCGUAAGACCUCCUAUUAUUGCAGGCCAAAUAGUCAAUCUAGGUCAAGCAUCUUUUGAAGCCAUGGCCUCUAUUGUAAACAGACUUCACAAAAACCUUGAAGGAAACCAAGAUCAGCAUGGAAGAAAUAGUCUUCUUACUUCAUAUAUUUAUUAUGUUUUUCGGUUACCAAAUACGUCUCCCAAUUCGCCAUGCCCAGCUCCCAGUGGCUUAGGAGGAUCCGUGCACUACGCAACCAUGGCUCGCUCAGCUGUCAGACCUGCAAGCCUACACUUGAAUCGUUCCAGGAGCCUUAGUAACAGCAAUCCAGAUAUAUCAGGGACUCCAACCUCCCCCGAUGAUGAAGUACGAUCAAUCAUUGGAAGUAAGGGCUUAGAUCGCUCCAAUUCUUGGGUAAACACUGGUGCUUCAAAAGCUGCCCCAUGGGGAACCAACCCCAGUCCGAAUGCAGAGACUUCACAGGCUGCAGAUCGAAGCUGUAAUCGCAUGUCUUCCCAUACAGAGACUCCAAGUUUCUUACAAACAUUAACAGGGCGAUUGCCAACUAAAAAGCUUUUUCAUGAAGAACUGGCUUUACAGUGGGUUGUCUGCAGUGGAAGUGUUCGUGAAGCAGCUCUUCAGCAGGCAUGGUUCUUCUUUGAACUUAUGGUAAAAAGUAUUGUGCAUCAUUUGUAUUUUGCUGACAAACUCGAUGCACCCAGAAAGAAUCGUUUUCCAGAGCGCUUCAUGGAUGACAUAGCCGCGCUGGUCAGCACAAUCGCCAGUGAUAUAGUCUCCCGGUUUCAGAAGGAUACAGAAAUGAUUGAAAGACUCAACACUAGUUUAGCAUUUUUUCUCAACGAUCUGUUGUCUGUCAUGGACAGAGGAUUUGUCUUUAGCCUUGUUAAGACUUACUACAAACAGGUGUCCUCCAAGCUUUAUUCUUUACCAAUCCCCAGCACACUGGUGUCUUUGAGGCUGGAUUUCCUUCGGAUUGUCUGCAGCCAUGAACAUUAUGUUACUCUGAACUUACCAUGUAGUUUGCUAACACCGCCUGCAUCUCCAUCUCCUUCAGUGUCAUCAGCAACAUCACAGAGUUCUGGAUUCUCAACAAAUGUCCAAGAUCAGAAGAUUGCAAAUAUGUUUGAGCUCUCCGUGCCUUUUCGUCAACAACAUUACUUGGCAGGACUGGUACUUACUGAACUAGCUGUCAUUCUAGACCCUGAAGCAGAUAGUUUGUUUGGAUUGCACAAGAAAGUCAUCAACAUGGUACACAAUUUGCUAUCUAGCCAUGACUCUGACCCACGGUACUCUGACCCACAAGUAAAGGCCAGGGUGGCUACACUAUACUUGCCUCUGAUUGGAGUGAUCAUGGAGAGUGUGCCCCAGCUGUAUGAUUUCACAGAAAGUCACAACCAGCGUGGAAGACCAAGCUGCGUUGCAGUGGAGGAUUGUGAAAAUGAGGGUGGGAACAUGAUCAGUCAGACAGUUGCUAUGGCCAUUGCAGGAACCUCUGUCCCACAGCUCACUCGGCCCACCAGUUUUCUCCUCACAUCAACGACCAGCAGGCAACACUCAACAUUUUCAGCUGAUUCCAGUCGAAACCUUUUGAUCUGCCUCUUAUGGGUCCUGAAGAAUGCUGACGAAAGUGUUCUGCAGAAAUGGUUCACAGAUCUGUCUGUCUUGCAGCUCAAUCGCUUGUUGGAUUUGCUUUAUCUUUGCAUUUCCUGCUUUGAAUAUAAGGGGAAGAAAGUGUUUGAAAGAAUGAACAGUCUGACUUUUAAGAAAUCAAAAGAUAUGAGGGCCAAACUUGAAGAAGCUAUCCUUGGAAGCAUCGGGGCCAGGCAAGAAAUGGUACGAAGAAGCAGAGGACAAUUGGAAAGAAGUCCUUCAGGAAGUGCUUUUGGAAGUCAAGAGAACCUGAGGUGGAGAAAGGACAUGACGCACUGGAGGCAGAACACUGAAAAACUUGAUAAGUCCCGAGCAGAGAUUGAACAUGAAGCACUUAUUGAUGGUAACUUGGCAACAGAAGCCAAUCUGAUCAUAUUGGAUACUUUAGAAAUAAUUGUGCAGACGGUUUCGGUGACUGAAUCCAAGGAAAGUAUUCUUGGUGGGGUGCUGAAGGCUCUUCUGCAUAGCAUGGCCUGCAAUCAAAGCGCUCUUUAUCUCCAGCACUGCUUUGCUACUCAAAGAGCUUUAGUCUCAAAGUUCCCAGAACUGCUGUUUGAAGAAGAGACUGAGCAAUGUGCUGAUCUAUGCCUCCGGCUCCUGCGCCACUGCAGCAGUAGCAUUAGCACGAUACGAUCCCAUGCCAGUGCCUCUCUGUACCUCCUCAUGAGGCAAAACUUUGAGAUUGGGAAUAACUUUGCUAGAGUGAAAAUGCAGGUGACUAUGUCACUCUCAUCUCUAGUGGGAACAUCUCAAAAUUUUAAUGAGGAGUUUCUGAGACGCUCUUUGAAAACCAUUUUGACUUAUGCUGAAGAGGAUCUGGAAUUAAAGGAGACAACCUUCCCUGAUCAGGUACAGGAUCUUGUGUUCAACCUCCAUAUGAUCCUCUCGGAUACAGUUAAAAUGAAAGAACACCAGGAAGAUCCAGAAAUGCUAAUUGACUUGAUGUACAGAAUUGCAAAAGGAUAUCAGAAUUCCCCAGAUCUACGACUAACCUGGCUGCAGAACAUGGCUGGAAAACACUCGGCGAGAAAUAACCAUGCCGAAUCGGCACAGUGUUUGGUUCACUCUGCAGCUCUGGUGGCUGAAUAUCUAAGCAUGCUGGAGGAUCGGAAAUAUCUCCCUGUGGGAUGUGUUACAUUUCAGAAUGUCUCUUCAAAUGUUCUAGAAGAAUCUGCAGUUUCUGAUGAUGUGGUCUCUCCAGAUGAAGAAGGGAUUUGUUCUGGAAAGUAUUUUACUGAAGCGGGUCUGGUUGGACUGCUGGAGCAAGCUGCAGCCUGUUUCUCCAUGGCUGGUAUGUAUGAAGCGGUCAACGAAGUUUACAAAAUCCUUAUUCCAAUUCAUGAAGCUAACAGAGAUGCCAAGAAACUGGCCACAAUUCAUGGUAAACUCCAGGAUGCAUUCAGCAAGAUAGUUCAUCAGGAUGGUAAGCGAAUGUUUGGUACAUACUUCCGUGUUGGCUUUUAUGGAACUAAAUUUGGAGAUUUGGAUGAACAGGAGUUCAUGUACAAGGAGCCUGCUAUAACAAAACUUGCUGAAAUUUCUCAUAGAUUAGAGGGAUUUUAUGGAGAAAGGUUUGGUGAAGAUGCUGUUGAGGUUAUUAAAGAUUCUAACCCUGUUGACAAGUGCAAAUUAGAUGCCAAUAAAGCUUAUAUACAAAUCACUUACGUUGAGCCUUAUUUUGAUACUUACGAAAUGAAGGACAGGAUAACUUAUUUUGACAAAAACUACAAUUUGCGGCGAUUCAUGUAUUGUACCCCGUUCACAUUGGAUGGCAGAGCUCAUGGGGAGUUGCACGAACAGUUCAAAAGGAAGACUAUCCUGACCACAUCACAUGCUUUUCCUUACAUUAAGACAAGGAUAAACGUCAUUCACAAGGAAGAAAUAAUCUUGACACCAAUUGAAGUUGCCAUUGAGGACAUGCAGAAAAAAACCCAAGAAUUGGCUUUUGCAACCCAUCAAGAUCCAGCAGACCCAAAGAUGCUCCAGAUGGUGCUUCAGGGCUCAGUAGGCACCACUGUAAAUCAGGGGCCGCUGGAGGUUGCACAAGUAUUUUUAUCUGAAAUACCCAAUGAUCCUAAACUCUUCCGCCACCAUAAUAAACUUCGGCUUUGUUUCAAAGACUUUACAAAAAGAUGUGAGGACGCCCUACGCAAAAACAAAAGCUUGAUUGGUGCAGACCAAAAAGAGUAUCAGCGGGAACUUGAAAGAAAUUAUCAUCGUCUCAAAGAAGCCCUUCAGCCCUUGAUAAAUAGAAAAAUACCCCAAUUAUACAAAGCUGUUCUACCUGCUGCUUGUCACAGAGAUUCCUUCAGCAGAAUGAGCCUUCGAAAAAUGGACAUAUAAGCACCCGAGAAGGGACUUAAGAGUUUUAAGGUACUGAAAAGGCAGGUUCAGUGUUAUCGACACCAGGAAAUUUGUGGAAUUUGCUCUGGGCAGCUAACAGAUGUUCUUUUGACUUGCAUGGGAGCAUUAAGUGGCCAAAUCUUUUCUCCUGGAAAAUGUAGUUUUAAAUUUUGUAAAAUCUAUUGCAACAGUAUGAAAGUAUUUUUAAAACUUUUCUUUUUUUAAUAUUCAAAGGUACUCUGAAUUCAUCAACCUUAUUUAUAGCAUUCUGUAAUGUGAUUUUUUUUUUAGUUUGUAUAUUUAAUUUAUAAUAGCAUUUUAAAAAGCAAACAAUUUUUAAUAUAGUGUUUGUUUAUAUUAAUGGUACUAUUAAAUAUUUGAAAGUUUCCACUUUAUUUCAUGCUUUUCUUAUUCAUCUCCAUGUGCAAACACAGUUUUUAAAAAUAUGAACAGGUAUUGCUGAAAGGAAUGCUUUCUAUUAUAAAUUUACUCUUUAUAUAUGCAUGAUUAUUACAUCUUAAAAUUACUAGGGUAGCUUGGAGCUUUAUGUUUUUAGUAUAAAUUUGUACUUUCUAAUACUGUUUGAAGCCACUGUAAAUAAAACAGAAGGUUUGACUAAAAGGUAACACAUAACUUAAAAAUUCAUCUUAUCCUCCCAUCUCUGCUAAAGUGUUUUAUGCUAGGGUUCUUUUUAAAUAGAACAAACACUGGAUUGAAAGGAUGAAGUCAACUAAAGUGAGAUUUAAAAGUUAAUCAUAUACUGUCAAUACCAUAUCCACUAUUUUAUUAACACA